CCAGGCGCACGCGGUCAGUAUAAACAUUUGUGUAGGCUAUGUGUGAAAAAUGUACUUUCACUUUCAUUUCCAGGCUCCAUUGAUUGGCUGGAGACGCUGCCUUCGGAACAAUUGAAAAAUAGAAAAAUACAAACAAAGUAACAGCAGAAUGGAGACUCAGGCAGAACAGAGGAACACUUUAGGACACCCUGCCUUGGUGUACCCGACUGCCCGAAGAGACGACAGUAAGGUGAAUGACUACCAUGGAACUAAGAUCUGCGAUCCCUACUCAUGGCUGGAGGACCCUGACAGCACAGAAACAAUGGCUUUUGUUGAGGAGCAGAACAAACUGACCAUGCCGUACCUGGAGCAGUGUGCUGUGCGGGCUCAGUUCCACCAGCGCCUCACUGAGCUCUAUGACUAUCCCAAAUACAGCUGCCCCUACAAAAGAGGGAAAAGGUAUUUCUACUUUCACAACAAGGGACUCCAGAACCAGAGUGUUCUCUAUGUGCAGGACUCUUUGGAUGGAGCACCCUCUGUAUUCUUAGACCCAAAUAAAUUCUCUGAAGAUGGCACUGUGGCACUGCAGAUGGGUCGUCUGUCAGAGGAAUGUGAAUACUUUGCCUAUGGUUUGAGCAGCGGUGGUUCAGACUGGGUAACUAUUAGUUUCAUGAAAGCUGAUGACCUCACCACGCUGCCAGAUGUACUGGAGAGGGUUAAGUUCAGCUGCCUGGCCUGGACUCACGAUGCCAAAGGCGUCUUUUACAACUGCUACCCACCCCAGGAAGGCAAAACAGACGGCACCGAAACCACCAGCAACAUCAAUCAGAAGCUCUACUACCACGCCAUCGGCACCAAACAGUCUGAAGACAUUCUGGUUGCGGAGUUCCCUGAAAAUCCUAAAUGGCUCAGUUCAGUAACCAUAUCAGAUGAUGGCAGAUAUGCUGUUAUGUCCAUCACUGAAGGCUGUGAACCCGUCAACCAGCUGUGGUACUGUGACCUUCAGCAGCUCCCCAAUGGCAUCACAGGCCUGCUGCCAUGGGUCAAACUUGUGGACAACUUUGACGCCCAGUACUCAUACGUCACCAAUGAGGGAACUGUAUUCACCUUCCGAUCCAACUUGAACGCUCCCCGCUACUGUCUCAUCAACAUUGACAUCCAGAAACCAGACAAGCAGCACUGGACUACCCUCAUCCCACAGCAUGACAAGGAUGUCCUAGGCGAUGUCUCCUGUGUGAACCAGCACCACCUGCUGGUCAACUAUGUCCAUGACGUGAAGGACGUGCUGCAGGUGUAUGAGCUGUCCACAGGCCAGCUGGUCAGGGACCUGCCGCUGGAUGUCGGCACCGUGGUCGGAGUGAGCUGCAAGAAGAAACACUCUGACGUCUUUUACAAGUUCACCUCCUUCACUACACCUGGUAUUAUUUACCACUGUGAUUUGAGCGAGUCCAACCCUGAGCCUAAAGUGUUCAGAAUGGUGGAGGUAAAAGGCAUCAAGCAAGAGGACUAUGAGACCAAACAGGUAUUUUAUCCCAGUAAAGAUGGAACCAGGAUCCCCAUGUUCUUAGUUCACGCCAAGGGCCUAAAGAAGGAUGGGACUCAUCCUGUCUUCCUUUAUGGCUAUGGGGGCUUUGAGACUUCCAUACAACCGUUCUACAAUGUUGCUUACCUGCUGUAUGUGAGACACCUGGGAGGCAUCCUGGCCGUGGCCAACAUCAGAGGGGGCGGAGAGUACGGCCUCACCUGGCACAAAGCUGGAACAUUAGGGAAGAAGCAGAAUGGCUUCGAUGACUUCCAGUGUGCGGCAGAGUAUCUGAUCCAGGAGAAGUACACCACAGCCAGGCGCAUCGCCAUCAAUGGAGCUUCUAAUGGAGGGCUGCUAGUGGCUGCAUGCGUGAACCAGCGUCCGGACCUGUUUGGCUGUGCUGUGGCGGAGGUGGGGGUGAUGGACAUGUUGAAAUUCCACAAAUUCACCAUCGGACACGCCUGGACCACUGACUACGGCUGUGCUGACGACCCAGAGCAGUUCAACUGGCUCAUCAAGUAUUCUCCUCUUCAUAAUCUCCCUCAGCCACCUUACUCUGGCCCUCCAUACCCUGCUGUCCUGCUUCUGACAGCAGAUCACGAUGAUCGUGUGGUGCCUCUCCACACUCUGAAGUACUGCGCUGCUUUGCAGCACGGAGUGGGCAGCAGUUCUGUGCAGCGUCAGCCUCUGAUGGUCAGGGUAGACAUCCGCAGUGGGCACGGUGCAGGGAAACCCACCUCCAAAGCCAUCUUGGAGGACACACACAUCUUCUCCUUCAUCGCUGAGACACUUGGGCUCAGCUGGAAUGAUUAAAGAGAUGAUGAUGUUAAGGAUAUACACGGUAAAGGUAAAGGUAAAGGAGGGUAUUCAAGGGAUUAAUGAUUUUGGCUCUUUAUUGUUAAGAAAAUACAGUUUUACCAGCAACUAGUGUGAAAAAAAAGAUAUGCAAGGUAAAGUGCCUUUUUGAAACAACUCUUGACUGUAGAUUACCUUAACCAGUCAAAUGCACUAAAAUAUUGAGUUUGUUUUAAUUGCAUGCUUUACAUUUGAUACUGAAUAUUAACAUUGAACAAAAGAAUUUGAAUAAAAUCUGUGUUGUAACCCAUAAUAUUCCAAAUGUAAAUAUUGUUUUCUAAACAAGAUCAAAUUAGAUAUGUGUUGUUCAGCAUAAUUGGUGAAGAAGUAUUCAGAAGCAUUUUAUUUAAAAGAGUAAAAGUAACAGUAAUUCAGUAUCAAAAAUGAUGUUUUAAAGAUAAAAGCUAAAAAAGUUUUACCCAUCUAAAAAGAGGAAUGUUGUUUCUUGUUAACCCCUCUGAGGCAUAUUGUGAUCUGUGAUAUUGUGUUUUAUAAAUAAAAUUGAAAUUAAAUUAAA